AUGGAGAGAGUCAAGCUCAUGAUUACCUAUGGUGGAAAAAUCCAACCUAGGCUUACUGCUCUUCAUGAUCAUCGUCGUUAUUCCUACAUCGGUGGAGACAAUAAAAUCAUCACCGUCGAUCGUAAUAUCAACUUCUCUGACCUCAUGGCAAAGCUUUCCACGUUCAUGUUUUCCGAUGUUUGCUUCAAGUAUCAACUACUUGGUGAAGAUUUGGAUGCUUUGAUCCCAGUUUAUAACGAAGAAGAUCUCAAUCAUAUGAUGUUCGAGUAUGAUCGUAUGUGUCGCUUUUCACAAAAGCCUGCAUGGUUGAGGGUCUUCCUCUUCCCGGUCCCUAUUAACAACAACAAGGCAUCUUUUGAUUCUUUGGCUUCCGUCGACUCGCUCAAUUCCGUUCAAGUUUUUCCUUUUGAAGAAUAUUCAUCUCCUCCUACUACGCCUCCACAUCCGUUCAUGGCGACUAAGGACACGGUUACAAAAGCUGAGAUGAAGAAAUUUUGCGGAAUACAUGUUGUGAAUGAUGAAUUUGAAGAUAUUCUAAAAUUAUAUUUGAAGCGCAAUUUUUCUAAGGUGAAGGACUUUCAAGGACUGCAUGUCGUGAACGAUGAAUUUGAAGAUAUUCUAAAAUCGUUUUGGAAGCGUUGCUUUUUGAAGCCUAAUAUAGUUUUCUAA